AUGGACUAAGCCAAUAAAUUGUAAUAUUAACAACAAGUUGAAAAUUAUCUUGAAACAAAUAAAGUAUAUCACAUCUUUGAAGAUCUACUUAAAUCUUUAAUUAUUAAAAAACCUGAUGAUCCAAUAUAGUUUCUAAUCAAUAAAUUAUAAGAACCAGAAAGUAUAUAUGAUACAUCAAUAAAGGCAAAAAAAUCUUUGUAGUUGGUCCUCCUGGAUCAAAAUUAAGAGAAUUAUCACUUACAUUGGCUGAUUAUUUGAAUUUUCAUAUUGUUUCUAUAGGAGAUUUAAUUGAAAAGGAGUUAAGCAAAAAAUCUGAAUUGGUAUACAUCUCUUACUAUUUUUAAUUUAGAGUUAAUAAAUUUAAGAAUCUUUGGAUAAAUUUUAAUAUGUGAGUGAUGAAAUUGUGAUUAAUAUAGCACUUAAUUAGAUUAAUCAUUUAGAGAAUGAAAAGAAAAGUUAUAUUUUUGAAGGAUUCCCUAAAACUAGAGUUUAAGGAUUGGCACUUUAAAAAGAAGGUAUAAUACCUGAUGCAUUCUUAAUUUUGGAAAUGUCAUAAGAAAAAAUAUAUCAAUGUUGUUUUAAAAAGUUAGAAACAGAACCAUUUAAUAAAUUAAAUAACAAAGAAGACUUAGUAAAAAAUCAUUCUUUAGAAUAUUAAUUGAAUUUAAAGUAAGUUAAAGACAUAUACAAGAAUUAAUACUUUUCAGUUGAUGGAGAAAAGAAUUAUGAAUUAGAAGAUAUGGCAGUAUAUUAUUAAAAUUAAUUAAUAUAGUAAUUAUUGAAAUACAAACUUUAUGAUAAUUCACCUAAAAGAGCUCUUAGAAUAGUUGUAAUAGGACCACCUGGAUCAGGAAGAUCUACUUUAGCUAAAAAAUUNUAGAUUGAUUGUCCACUCUCAGAAUUGAUGACUAAUGAAGAAAUAAGAGAAUGGGCUUUUUCAUUGGAUCCUCAACCUGAAAAGAAAAGCAAAUUAAAUUCUUCUAUGCCUCAAAUAAGCAGUUCAGCUACUAUCAAUAGGGCUUGUCAAAAACAAUAAGAAUUUAAGACCAAAUAAGUCCCUCGAAUUAUUUAAACACCAUAAUAAGCACCUUUUUAAUUAGAAAAUCAAAAACAAAAAAAAGAAAUCAUUCAUCGUUUAAAACUUUAAAAUAGAUUAAUGAAAGAAAUGAUUUAGUAAUAAAAAGACUUAUUAGAACAAAUGAAAAAGGCUUGA